GAUCCAUUUCUCCUGCUAGCGCUAAGCUAGCAUGUUUGUUUGGGUUUUGUUUACCCAGAAUGCCCUGCACUGUAGUUCACUUCCUGCUUUUGGAGAAGUUUGAAGUCCGCUUCAAGUUCACAUUUGCAUUUGAACCAAACAGACCAGAGUUCACUUUUUGUUUUUACGGAUCCAAACGAACCGGACUUUCUAUACAAACGGACCGGAGUCGUACUGAACCGGACUGACCAGGCUCCUGUUAAAGCUUCAUCAGAGAAGAAGAAGAUCCGUCUGAAGCGUUCCCAGUGGAAACAGCAAAUCAGCUGAUCAGAAGUUGUUUCUGACUGAAGUCAAAGCGUUUGAUUCUGCUGAGUCAGCACACAGAAUGAGCGAAGCCGCAAGCAGCCGCUGCGCUGAUCUGUUCCCAUCCUCACUCUGCUCCAGGCCAGGAUGUCUCCUCAGAGGAGGACACGCACAGCGGCGCUGACUCAGCUGGAAACCAGUUUCCUCCUCCGGAGCGUCUCAAACAUUUCUCCUUCAGUCAGAGCCUCACUCACCUGGACAGGUAAUGAAACUGGAAAAGGACUUCAGAUGAUGAAAAGGCCCAAGACGCAGCUGAUGAGAGACAACCCGGUCAGUCAGCACCUGGGUUCAGAAAGACCAUCGUCUGUAAAGCUGGACCAGGACGCUCCGUCCCGCCCCAUCAGGUGAUCCCGGCGCUGCCUUUGAAGCCCGACCCUCAGAGACGCUCUGAUCCUGAACUGUGUCAGCGGGCGGCGGUGAUUUCUGGCUAACGGGACGCGAUUCUAAUUAGUGCUACAUCAAAACAGGAAGGAGGUCUCCGCGCUCCCUGAGGACAGGAUGCCUGUCCAAAACGCCUCUGUCUCUGUCGGAGUGUUUACCAGAACUUUUCCAGGUCAUUUCAUCUCAUUUCAGCACCAAAGUCUCUUUCCUGAGGACGGCAGGUUCAGACGUUUCACACCAACUGUUUCCUCCUGCUGCAGGGAGGAGAGGAAGCAAAAUAAAACCCAGAACAUGUACAAAGCUCAGAUGAGGAAGAGUCCAGAGAUGGAGAGGAGGAAGAGGAGGGAGGGACGGUCUGGAGAGGAAGAGGAGGAGAGAAGAAGAGACGUUAAAGAACUGCAGAGUGAUCAGGAAGCGAAAGAAGAACUGGAAAAUAUUUUAUUUAACAAGAAUUAGAAGCAGGCAGUUCUUCUUUUAUCAGCACAGAAAAGUUUUCUGCUCUGAAAGGUGAAUUUCAUCCCUGCUGAGGUUUAAUCAUUUUAUUUUGAAGGAAUGAGGAUGACUCCAGACGCUCAGGAGUCCGUCAGGUGCGGCGCGUCGUCCUGCAGCUGCGCCGGGUUUAAACCCGGAAAGGUCAAGCUCAGGUCAUGUGAUCGCUGUGGACACGGCUGGGUGGAGCACGCUCUGGAGAAGGUCCAGGCCCGGCCGGCGUCCGGCUCCGGCCCGGUGGAGGUGGCCCUGCCUGGGCCGGUGUUUGACCUGAGCUCCCUGGUUCUGUUCGGAGCGCAGGCCGUCCCCGUCCAGCUGAAGAUCUUACUGGACCGACUCUACAGCGUCCUGCCGCCAGAGCAGGUGGGUCAGAUUCUGAACAGUCUGGGCUGGAGUUUGGGUGAUUACGUCCGAGGAUACAUGCUGCAGCGUCCUGAUGGGGGCGUGCUGGAGCGCUGGGACGCGGCCACGCCUCCGGAGCAGCUGCUGCUCCUCAGACAGUUCCUGCGCUUCGGAGAGACUCGGCCCAUAGUGGAGGUGAUGAUCCUGCAGCAGCUGGAGGGCGAAGCGCUGCAGCCAAACGCUGCGCUGAAAAACAUCCAGUUGGGUUCGAAUACAGGAGGGUCCGGUUGGAGAGACGGCCGGCUGGCGGAGAGCUACGGCCCAGCGGGACAGUCCGUGCUCCUGCCUUUCCAUUUCCCACAGUCAGACGUCUGCCGUCCAGCUGAGGAUUUCUGGAAGAACCAACUGGUUCAGAAACACGACAGACAUCCACGUGGGGAAGUCGACGACUCUGAACGGCAGAGAUCGGAACCGGCCUUGUCCAUAAAAACCGACCCGGACAAGUCAAAUCCGUCACCGUGGCAACAGAACCCCAUCCUCCACCAGGACCGGGUUUUCCUCCAGAAGAGACUGAUCCAGGAGAAAGCUGCUUCCUUUUCCUCUUCCUUCAACUUCUCACUUCCUCCUUCCUCCCUGGUGUGUUCUCCACUCCCCUCCUCUUCCUCGUCUUCCUCCUCUCGCCUACAACAUCCCCAAACGCUUCCCUCCUUCUCCUCCUCUUUCCUAAGACCUCUUCGCUCCUUUUCUUCUCUUCUCCUCCCUGUUUCGUCGCCGUGUUCGUCCCUCCAUCCUCUCCCGUCUUCCCUUUCCUCCUUCCCUUCCCUCCUGGCUGCUGGGGGCCGGAAGGGCAGGGUCAGCUGUGGCGUCUGUGGGAAAAGCUUCUAUGACAAAGGAACCCUGAAGAUCCACUACAACGCCGUCCACCUGAAGAUCAAACACCGCUGCACCGUCCUGGGCUGCUCCAUGGUGUUCAGCUCCCUGCGCAGCCGCAACCGGCACAGCGCCAACCCGAACCCGCGGCUGCACACGGCCGGCAGCCGAGACGCUCAGCAGAACCGAAACACGCCGUGUGGACAGAGCGGCGUCCACGCGGCAACGCAGAGACACGGAGAGAAACAGUGUGAGAGGAAUCACAGCCCGCCUCAGGAAGCCGCCUCCCCUGCUCCGCCUCUCGUCCCUCCAGCUCCGCCCUCAGGGGGCAUCUGGCCCUCAGGGGCCUUCCCGUCUUCACUUACCGACCUGCAGACUGGUCAGCAGUGGUGGCAGGAGAAUCAGUCCUUACCACAGAAGAAGAAACCCAGGAAGUCGAGGAUGCCACUGAAAAUAGAAAGAGAGACGACUCAAAGCAGCAAACAUGAAGGCGAGAGCUGAAGAGCUGAAAGACUCUGAAAUAUUGUUUUCAGUAAUAAAAUCGGAGCAGGACCUUCAGUAUGUUGUGGCUUUGAAAUGAUUCUGAAUUCACACAUUUUUUAAUGUUUAAAAAAUAUGUUGUACUUUGUGACCACUGGCUGUUUACCUGUAAUUAUUUAAUGAUAA